CAUGUCGGCCGUGCCGCCCGCCGCCGCCUCAGGACCCCGGUUCGAGCCCCCGGCCGCCGGGGCGCCGGGCGGCAUCAGCGGCCCCCACGGCGGGGAGCGGCGGCGGCCCCGGGGCCCCUCAGAAAACGAAGAUGCAGCCCGAGAGACAGAGCUUGCGGAUCAGCCGGCGGAGUCCUCGGAGUCCAGCGCCUCGCAGCGCGGGUCGCAGAUUAGGUCGCCUGUGAGUGUCGGAGUGACAGAGGAUUCGAAGGAAGAAGGUUGCACUUUGAAGGACCAGGAAGCGGCUGAACUAGAAGAGAAGCUGCCUGACCAAACCCAGCCCACCAAAGAGGAAGCUGUUGUUCGAAUGACCAACUACCACAUACAUCAAGGAGGAGGGGAUAUAGUCAUGAUUCAGUCGGAUCACACUGGUGCUGUGGAUAUCCUUUCUGCUGAGCUGGAGACUGCAGACCUCCUUGGGGAGCAGAGGAAAGCUCAGCCUCCCCCUCUGGCUCCACCCACUACGUGGACCAUGGGGAAGAUGAAGGAAUUCAAAACCAAGGUGGGAAAGGAGAAGAAUGCUAGGAUGGUGGUGAAGCGAGGUGAGGUGGUGACGGUCCGUGUGCCAACCCAUCCUGAUGGGAAACGUCUUUGCUGGGAGUUCGCUACAGAUGACUACGACAUUGGAUUUGGAGUCUAUUUUGACUGGACCACUGUUACUAGCACUGCCAUUACUGUUCAGGUCAGCGAAUCCAGUGAUGAGGAGGAUGAAGAGGAGGAAGAAGAAAUUGAAGGACUCGCCCCUGUGGGUGAUGUGGAAAGGGGCUCCAAAAGCUACCUGCGGAACCGCUACGGAGAGAUCAUGCCUGUGUAUCGAAGGGACAGCCAUCGGGAGGUGCAGGCAGGCAGCCACGACUACCCAGGCGAGGGCAUCUACCUGCUGAAAUUUGAUAACUCCUACUCUCUCCUCCGCAAUAAGACUCUCUUCUUUCAUGUCUAUUACACUAGCUGAAGGGAUGGGAAGGGGCAGGGAUGGCAGGCAGGCAGUACUGAGCGUGGCAGGCUGCCGCCCUGCCCUGGUACUCCCCGAUGGGCACUGCUGUGUGACAGAACCAAGGCACAACUCUGCCACCUCCUCUUCAGACACAACCUGGUUUCUCCUCGCAUCCUCCUUCCCAGCUGUCCCAGUGGAGAAAGGUGGCUGUGACUCUCUGGUUGUCCAUGGGCAGCUGUUCUUUCUGUAAAACUUCACAAGUCCUGCUCUGUGCGGGCAUCCGGCUGGGCCUUUGUUGUAGCCAGUAAAUGCCCGGAGGCCAGGUUCAGGUGGUCACGGUUUCGUUCUGUUGCACUGGUACGAAAUGAAGUCAAAAUAUUCUUGAUAUGUUACUGUUUUGUAAAUAGGUCUUUAGACUCUUCUGCUGCAUCUGGAUCACUAGAGGGCAGCUGUCAGCUGCAGUGAGCCAAAAGCAUGGCUGGCUUGUCUCCUAACCACUGAUAAUGUUAUCACCUACCGCCGCUAAUGUCACCAGCAGCCAGCGCUUCCUUCAUUCUCAUGGGAGGGGAUGCAGCAUGGCCAGUGGCAGCCAGGUCAUGCUAACAACAGCCAGCCCCAACCUACGGUAGGGUUAGGAUAGGGUGUGGGAGCUGUGGAGGAAGGCGCACACCUAGAAGUUCAUAGGAGGAUUUUCCUAUGGAUUAAGAUUUGGAUGUUGCAUCUGUUGAUUAUAGGGAUAUAAAAGUUAUGAUUAAAGCUCUGGUGACCACCAAAAGAUUUUUAUUUUUUUUCCCCUUCUGUCAUCCAGAUGUAAAACAGAAGAAAUGAUUUACUGCUGUGUUGAAUAAGUACAAAACGGCUAGGAUACAACCAAUAAAUAUACAGGAAAUGUUUCUCAGUAGCAGCAUGUUUGUUCACUGGUAUUGCUGCCAGCUGGAUAAUAGCAUAUGUAGCAAGGAAAAUGCUCCCCAGGGAAGUGUAGUUUGUCAGCUGCUAUUUCUAUUACAAAGGUAUUGUUGCAAAAGAGUAUCUCUGCUCAGAAAAUCAAAAGGGAUGGAAUUUAACCAAUCCUUUCUGUAAACCAGAAUCAGCUAGGCCAUUGCAAACCCUGGCCACGUGGCAAAGGAUGGAGUUCCUUGCCUGUUUUGGUGGCUAGCGAUGGCAUUAGUAAUCACUUUCUGCUCGAGUAUUGGCAGAGUUGAACAAGGAUUAAGUUAAUCCUUUGGAGAUUAAUUUUAAAUCACAUUUAUCUGUAAGUGGUGUUUAUUUUACUACUUUUAACUUAAAAUCGUGCUCUUUUUAAGAAUACUGCUGUAUUUACAUUUUGAUACCUCUUUGCAGGGACACAAAAUGGCUGUUUGCAUGGUGAUUCUAGUAGAGUUCUGAGUUUUAUUUUUAAAUCCUCCAGGUAAAGCACCUCUACUUGGUCCAUUCCUUCUAUUGAGAGGGAACGAUGGACAAAAUGAUUUUUGGGUAGUUAAAGCCAAAGAUUUAACUCUCCUAGGAGGGCUGCAUAUUUCCUAUUGAGGCUAUAUGGUAAUGCUGUGCAAUUUGCUCUAUAUUCAAGCUCUUCUUUUUACUAUCUCUGCGUACUUUUUCACUACCCCAGAGCACUUAGGAGGUCAAGAAGGUGUGAGAGAGAAGUUUACAGUGGAGCAGCCGGAGCUGGGAGCACAGGAGAAUGGAAACCAGAAGACUGGUUGGAUCACGAUUACUUUCAGGGUGAGCAGGCAGGGAGCAGAGCUGAUCAGGGUAAGCAGCAGAGCUGCUGCCACUCUGGGCCCUGUGAUGGAGGGAAAAGCAGUCACCUUUCUCAAAGGAGAGAGAACCUGGCACGAGGGGAACUGCAAAGCUGCAUUAUUCAAGUAGAGGGAAGCAUAGGACAAUCUUACAGGGAGGUAGAACAGUAGGAUUCGGUAUGUGCCAGAGUAAGGUGAUCUUUCAUUUAGCAGCCUGGGGAGGACUAUUCCUUCCUUUAGCCCCUCUUGGGGAGACAAAGGACCAUGCUACAGCCUUUGUACAGCACUUGAAUCAGGCCUGAGCAACUUGCAUAAGGUUCUCCCCUUUUUUCUUCUGUUGCCUAUCAAGUUCUUAGACACUAAGCAGAAGAUGACAGAAAAGGCCUUUUGGUCUGUCUGACCAAAAAUGUCAGUGUCACCCCGCUUGAUGACUGCCUUUGGUCCUUUCUGAUAUGAUCUGCAGGGUGCUGUGUGCACUUGCUGCUUAAUGUAUGAGGCACAGUCUGGCACCUGGUCCACUUUCUAAUUAGGAUUUUUUUUUAUCACAAAGGGAAUUUUGACCUGUACACACAUUAGAUUUUCUAGAAUUAUCGACCCUCAGUUAUACAACUUACUCUGUACUAGUGUGUUAUUACCACUAAAGAACUGUUGCCCCUAUAAUGUGGCCUCCAUAUUGCUAAUUCACAGCCACUUUCCCCCCCCACCCCCAUCUAUAUUUUGCUUAUAUCACGAUUCAAAAUACAUUUUGUCAUGUUGUAAGAGGUUAAUAAGGCCUGCCUCGCUACCAGUUCUGGCUCCUUCCCGAACCAAAUACUAUGUGCAAGUUACCAAGGUAUUAGUGGUUUUAGUGAAGAUAUAAGUUGCCUUGUAGAUGGUGAUCCGAUUGCUCAGUUCUAGCUUUCUGAAGCAUGGGACAACCUUUUAAUGAGGCUCAGGUCACUCGUUUGGAACUGUCCCCAUCUCCUAGUCCCACUGACCUAAGCUUAACAGUAGCAUUGAAUAUGGUACGUCAUCCCAAUCCGUAUGUGCCUGUCCUGCAAACACACUGUGCCCAUAAAUAGGCCUGCUGCAGUGGAACUGAAAGUGUUUGCUGUGUGUUAUUUUGAUACUUCGGUUUCCCAGAUGUAUCUGGUAUCUCUUAAGAACACAAAAUAGUUUUAGACAUGGAAUAUUUCAUCUGCAGGAAACAGAAGCUUCACAGUUGUACAGGAUAAUUGUUCUUUGUUUAUUCUUUAAUUUCCACAUUACGUGAAUAUGUUGUUUCUCAGGUAUUCAAAUACCAUUCAUUAUCCAAGUGACAACUUCUCUUUGGAAGGAUAUGUAGUCUUUAUUCAUUUUCUGAUAAAUUCACUAGCUUGGCUGCAUGGCUAGUGAUUAACAGCAGCCAUUCUUAUUCAAAAUUGAACCCACAGUUGGUUCAAAGAAGUAAUCUUAUUUCUCAUGUGUCUUUUUUUCUGCCUUCUGUGUCUCCUGGACUUGUAUCUAAUCCUGCUAUCUGCUGAGGCAGCGAUGGAAGCCCUUCUUAUUUUAAUUGGAGGCCUAUGGAACUAGACCUUGGGUCUAGAAAGAAAAAUGAAUUUAAAAGGCAGUUGCACUUCAGAGAGGGAAAUUAAUCUUCAAGAAAGGAAAAUUUCUUAUUUUUCUCCUGAAGGAAGAUUUCAGAUCAGUUUUAAAAAAUGUGUUUCUUCUUCCAGUAGAUUGUGUCUAGAAAUUCAAAAAGCUCAAUUAAGGGAUAAGCUUCUUUUGCAUUUUGCAAACAGUCUUUUUUUUUUUUUUUUAAAUUGGGUUUGCUUUUGUAAAAGCACGAAAUUGUUUUCCAUUUUGUUUCGAAUAUAAUUUAGAUCUAAAAAUAAGAUAUCAGUGUUCAGCCAGAGACAUUAGACAGUCCUGUAGCAUAGGACUUGCAUAAAAAUUAGGUUGUAUAAUUGUUUAUUUAUAAUAAUUGUUACAAUCUGUUGGACAUUUUUUGAUGUCAAAGAAGGUCAUAAGCUACCCAUUGUUUUCUCUUAUUUUCCCCCUUAGCAGUAGUGUAGCAGCAGGAGUUUAAAAUGUAUGCACUUCACUGAGGAGUUAAAAUUGCUUAAUCAAGGACCACGUUACUGAUUGAAUUUACUCACAAACUCUUUGGAGGCCUGCAAUAUGGAUUCAUGUGAAAGAUUAUUGGUGGCAGGCAUAGGCUAGUUGCAAAUUAAGGUUUGGGACCCAUUUAAUAGUUAUGUAAAUUAAUAUUGCUAACGAGCCGUUUACACAAACAGAUAAGAUGAAAAUGUGUGUUUAAAUCUAAGGAGAGAAAGAGCUUAGUUGACUGACUUAAGGUGCUAAGAUGAAAGUUGAGUUACUAUGCAACUCGGUCUAAAAGGUAGCCACGCUCUUUUCUUUUUGGCUCCCUCCUGUGCGCUUGUCUCCUUGUAACUGUGUGCACGUAACCGCGUACGGCCUGCAGUGGGGCCAGUUGUGCUGCUGGACCUGGUAGGGUGGGCUACAGGUGACCCUUGUCACACGUCCAGUUGCUGAAAGUAGUACUCAUUCUUGUGAGCUGAGAAUUGGGGUAGAGAAUGAAUCCCUAAAUGAAUUCACUUUUUUUUUUUUAACCCCACUGCUUAUACCCUUCUUCCUUGUCUCACUACCCCAACUAAAACAGCUCUAUAGAGGAGGAUUUAUCACAAGGUGCCUUAGGAGCAGGGAGCAUGUCUGAAAUAAGAGCCAUAGAUGUCAUUAAGCGAAGGGGUUUCUUCUCCCUGUUUCUCUGCCCGUUCAAGUACACGGGAAGCACUAACUAAGGUCAAGCAAGGAGAGCCCCAGUAGGCUGUUCCUGGAGAUUUAAGCUGUUUGUUAGACUGCCUUGUUGCUGUAAGAUGAGUAGUAAAAUUGUGUUUGAGUUUUCUGGCACCAUAGGAUCUUUGCCUUUGGAAAUCAUAUGCUGCUGUCAGAUAUUGGGGAACACCAGAGGACAACUCCUUUUGAUAUGCUGAUGCUAAGCCUGAGGACCAGAAAAACACUAGAUAGAUAGACAUAGAUAGCAUUCCUUGUGGCCAUUCACCAUUUUCCCUAAGAAGCAUCUGAAUCCAGUGCUGAGGGGUGUGUGCUUAUGUGUAUUGAGACCAGGUGAGAGACCAAAGCAACAAAGUUUUUAUGAUCUCCAAAUGGGAGAGAAAUUUCUCCAAUUCUCAUAUCUGGGAAAAAUAUUGGAUGUGAUGAUUAAUGUCAUGUAGAUGUAGCAGAACAUCUGAAUUGGUAGAAUGGAAAACUGUUAACCGAUCUUGUUAAAUAUGUUAGCUAAUUGGACUGUGAAAGAAGCCAGGAGUUGAGCUGGAGUCAAAGUGCUAAGUCAUCUAAAUAAGUGCAUUUGCAGUAAAUACAAACUAACUAUAAGGUUUUAGAGCAUACAUCAAACUGCAGAGUUCAAACACAUCUUGCUAGGAGGAGAAUUUUCUGUGGGACUAUUCCAUAUUUGCCUCCAAAGAGUCUCUGGCAUCUUAUUCUGAAACACUUGUGCUGUUGCAGCUGAAGACAGAUCAUCGAGCUGAGUGAACCUGACUCCACUUGACAUUUCUGUAUUCUGUUCUGAAUUUUACAUGUUGCUUUCUCAGAAGCACCAUCACAAGAAAUACGUACCCUUUAUCAGGCAGGGCGAGGAAGACUUCUGUGAUUUGUUGGUUAGGGUUAUCUAGUUUAAGCCCAUCUGGACUGGUGAGUCAAGUCCCUUACACAAGAAGCUGGAUGCCAAACCACUAAGUUCAGAGCUAAAGAGACUUUGCCAAGCAAAAUCCUUGAAGUUUAGGAACUGUUCUCAGAAACUAAAUAGUUGGUGAUGAUCUCUGUGCAACCUCCAGGAUGCCCAAGUGACUAACUGCUCACCUCAGGGUGAAACGAUCUGCUCUCAACUCGCUGCUCCAGGCUGAUAGCAUAGUCUUGCAAUGGAGAGUGUCUUGUAGCUGGUCAUGCUUUUUUUUUGCCUUUUUUUUUCCCCCAGAUGUAUAUUCUUGUGAACUGUAAUGGUUGUCUGUAAGUCCUUAUUUAUGUGAUAUAUUUAUGAUGUCCUGUAAUCUCAAAACUGAGUUCUCUGCAGCAACCUGUUGCUUUUCAUCUCCUCCCAAGAGAUGAUUUUUAAGUGGAGAACAGGAUAUUUUAACGAGAGGUGGCACUGACUCUCUCUUGCUGAAGGGCACAUGUGAAGAUAUAUUUAUAGCGUGCUUGCAUUCCUUCUGGGCUUGGUUUGUAUUGUUUAUAUUUAAUGUGUUGUGGCUGAUUUGUAAUAGUAUAUUGGAACUUAUUCCCUUUAAAUAAACUUUUCACUAUGCAAUCA